AUGUCCAUCCUACUACCGUUGUACAUAUACCCAUGGCCAGGAGCUUGGGAUCCUUUGUACUGGGUCGCGGCAAACCACCCGCACCUCAACUUCUCCGUCGUCCUCAACCCCUGCUCCGGCCCAUGCCUCAACAGCACCCCCGAAUCGCCCUACGUCACCGAAAUGCCCAGACUCAAAGAUUACCCCAACAUUCGCACUCUCGGCUACGUCGCCACGAACUACACCGACAAACCCAUUGAUACUGUCAUUGCGGAGAUCCAUAGGUAUGCGGAGUGGACGCAAGUUAUGAACGACAGUAGGGUGGCGGUUGAUGGGAUUUUCUUUGAUGAGACGCCUGGAUUGUAUCAUUGGCAGAAGCAUGAUUAUUUGGCGAAGGCGACGGCGGAAGUUAGAGGGCUGGAGGGGCUGGGGCAGAAGGUCGUGGUGUAUAAUCCAGGAACGCUUCCAGACAUAACGUGGAAUUAUCUCGACAUCGCCGACAUCACCGUCAUCUUCGAAGACACCUUCACCAACUUUAUCGACGCGAACAAGUUUAAUGCGCUCAAGAACUUCCAUUCCGCGACCAACUCGACUAAAUCUGCGUUCUCGAUCAUGCUGCACAGCAUCGGGAAUAUACCGGAUGAACUGCUUGAAUGGACAGCUAAGGAGAUGAAAGAGAUGGCGGAGUGGAACUUCGCGACUAGCGUUGCAGACGCAGGGGCGUACUGGCAUAGCUUUUCGCCCAUCUUCAGCUCGUAUAUAAUCAAGUACGAGGAGGAAGACGGGGUUUGA